GUACACUACCAAACACGGCCUUAAAUACUUUGCCCCUAAAUAUUCACCCAAAUAAACAAACCUUUUCAAAAUCCUCUCCUUACCAUUAUUCUGCGUUUUCAAUCGCCAUGGGAAGGAGGAAAAGCAGAAACCUAAAACAGUGGGUUCCAAAGAAAACUCCGGCGCCGGCGCCAGCUGCUUCAUCCUCGGCCCCUCCUCCGCCGUCGAUCGAACUUGCCAGAGAUGUAACGGCCAACAGGAAAAGCAGAAUCCGAAAACAGUGGGUUCCAAAGAAAACUCCGGCGGCGGCGCCAGCUGCUUCGUCCUCGCCCCCUUCGCCGCCGUGGAUCGAACUUCCCGGAGAUGUAACGGCCAACAUUCUGCAGAGGUUGGGCGCGGUGGGGAUGCUGAGGAGCGCGCAGCGAGUGUGUAGUACCUGGUGGAAAGUUUGCAAGGAUCCCGCCAUGUGGCGAGUGAUCGUUUUGCACUACCCUCGUAUGAUCGAUACGUACACUGCCAUGUCUAUGUGCCGCCCCGAAGUCGAUUGGAACCAGAGGCAAUUGGUCGACCUCGCCAUUGACCCCUUCGGCAACGAUGAACUGCUAAACUACGUCGCCGAUCGAUAUGACGAAAUGUCACAAAUGGACUUCACUGCCAUGUGCCGCCGUGCAGUGGAUCAGAGCGUGGAGCAAUUUGUCGACCUCACGAUUGACUCCUUGGGCAAAGGGAAACUGACGAUUGACUCCUUGGGCAAAGGGAAACUGAUGAACAACGUCGCCAAUAGAUAUCGCAAAAUCUCAAACGAGGAUUACACUGCCAUGUGCCGCCACGCAGUGGAUCGGAGCCAAGGGCAAUUGGUCGACCUCACCAUUGAAUACUUUGGCGACGGGGAACUGAUAAACUACAUCGCCGAUCGAUCACGAAAUCUCAAACGUCUUAAACUUGUAUUUUGCCAUCAGAUGUCUGGAGGUCCUUUAGUUCAAGCGAUUGAAAAAUUUGAACAGUUAGAAGAAUUACACCUUACUAUGCUCCCAUGGAUUUCACCUCACCAGAUUGAAGCUAUUGGCAAUUCUUGCCCUAAGUUGAAAUCAUUCUCAUAUAACGAACGUGGUUCAAAGUACCCUCAUCCGCCAGAUUUGGAAGAUGAUGAUGAUGAUGAUGAUAUUAUUGAAGGAUUUGAUCGGAAUGUUACUGCUAGAGCAAUCGGAAAAUGCAUGCCUAAUUUGCAUCAUCUUCAACUUUUUGCACAUGAGGAGAUGCAAAACGAAGGACUUGAAGCCAUCCUUGAUGGCUGUCCACGCCUCGAAUCACUUGACAUCCGGCAAUGCUUUGGUCUCGAUCUUAGAGGGGAUUUAGGGAAAAGAUGCCGUGAGCAGAUAAAAGAUCUGAGACUCCCUAAUGACUCGAUUAGUGAUGCAUCAUGGCUUGUUGAGGAACCAUCUGAAUCGGAUUAUGAAUGUUACGGCGACUAUGAUUACUGUAACUAUUAUGAAGAUUUAGAUUAUGAAUCUUACGACGACUUCACUAAUCCUCUUGGCUAUGAAUCCUUCAACGAUGACUUUUCUCCUCUUGGCUACGGAUUCUUCAACGAUGACGGACCUGGGAUUUUCGACUACGACUUCUUCUGAGCUAGGAACAAGAUCAUAGCAGAGGGUUUUUGUGUAGCUAGUUGAUUUCAAGUGGUUAUGGCUGCAUUUUUGGGACUUUGAUUCUCUCUAGCGAGAUACCAAUGGCAGUAGCAACAUACAUUUUUGGAAUUUCACCUAACUUUAUGCAUAAGAAUAUUUAAUCGCUAUGUCCUUCACUGUUUAUAUAUGGUUUAAAUAUUUGAUGAUUCUUGCUUUUGUUCUUCA